AUGAUGUCUUAUCUCAAGCAACCACCUUAUGCAGUCAAUGGGCUCAGUCUUACUACCUCUGGGAUGGAUUUGUUGCAUCCGUCGGUGGGAUACCCUGCUAUGUUUUCAGCUACCCCAAGAAAGCAAAGAAGGGAACGGACGACGUUCACCAGAGCUCAGCUUGAUGUACUUGAAGCACUUUUUGCCAAAACUCGUUACCCUGAUAUCUUCAUGAGAGAAGAAGUCGCUUUAAAGAUCAAUCUACCAGAGUCCAGAGUGCAGGUGUGGUUCAAAAACCGUAGAGCGAAAUGCCGCCAGCAGCAACAGCAGCAGCAGAAUGGGGGUCAGAACAAAGUAAGGCCUGCCAAGAAGAAGACAUCUCCUGCUAGAGAGGUCAGCUCAGAGAGUGGCACCAGUGGUCAGUUCACCCCUCCUUGCAGUACCACUGUGCCUGUGAUCUCCAGCAGUACUGUCCCAGUGUCUAUAUGGAGCCCAGCUUCCAUAUCUCCUCUUUCUGACCCUCUCUCGACAUCCUCUUCCUGUAUGCAAAGGUCCUACCCCAUGACCUACACCCAAGCUUCAGGCUACAGUCAAGGAUAUGCAAGCUCAACAUCUUACUUUGGGGGAAUGGACUGUGGAUCUUAUUUGACACCUAUGCACCAUCAGCUCCCUGGACCAGGAGCUACACUAAGCCCCAUGGGCACCAACGCAGUGGCCAGUCAUCUCAAUCAGUCUCCUGCUUCCCUGUCCACCCAAGCCUAUGGAGCCUCCAGUUUGGGGUUCAACUCCACCGCUGACUGUUUGGAUUAUAAAGAUCAAACAGCCUCCUGGAAGUUAAACUUCAACGCUGACUGCUUGGAUUAUAAAGACCAGACAUCAUCUUGGAAGUUCCAAGUUUUGUGA